AUGUCGAAGGUAUUAGAGCAGCUAAUUGCGCGCGGACGUCGCGAGCGCAAACCGACAGAGCAGCGGGAUGUGGCCUUCAGUCUGGCUGAAAUCUCGACAAAUGCCGAGCUCCACGAAAAGAUGGUGUCCAAGGGCGUAGUGAAGGCCUUGCUAACGCUGAUUCUUCAGUCGAGUGACCCCGAAGCACUGCGUCUUGCCUGCCUGUGCAUGGCAAACGUGGCAUCGUGUCCAGCCAGUCGCGUUCGGAUCGUAGAGGACGGGGUGCUGCCACCCCUUGUCAAGUUCUUCAAGGACGACGACAACGAGAAUGACGCCGUCGCGAAGCAGUACGUAGCGAUGACUAUCGGUAACUUGGCGGCUGAACCCGAGAAUCACGAAGAAAUCGUGCAGUUAGGCACGAUUGAGCCGUUGGUGAAGCUGCUGGAUCCGGAGAUCGUGCAUUCCGGCGUCUACUGCGCCUUCGCACUGGCGAAUUUGUCGGUAAACAACGAGUAUCGUCCCCAGAUCGUCGAGGAAGGUGCUAUCCCACGGCUCAUUGCGUUGGCAUGUUGCAAGGAAUUGACUGCACAGCGGCAAUCUCUCGCGUGUCUGCGUGGAAUCUGCAUCUCUCCAGGGAAUCGAGUUGUUGUGGUGAAGGAAGGGAUGCUGGAUCCACUGGUGCUCAUGGCACGCUCUGACGAACCCGACAUCCAGCGUGAAGUAGCGGCAGCCUUCUGCGCGCUCUCAGCUACUCCAGAAAACAAAGUGGAGAUCUCGGAUCGAGCGCUACUGACGAUUAUCUCGCUGUCACUCUCGGGUGACCCGGCUGUUGAGGAGUAUGCAUGCAGCACGAUCGCCAACUUGACUGAACUGCAUGAGCUUCACGAUAAACUACUACGUGAGAACGGCCUGGCUUCGAUCAUGGCAUUGGCAGUGACCAGGGAUCUCAACACACGCUCGGAAGCUUGUCGAUGUCUCGCUAAUCUCACAGCAAACGAAGAAGUACAGCCAGCGUUGAUGAAGGAAGGAGUGUUACAGCCUCUUGCUACUGCGCUGGUUUUAAACCACCACGUCUGUCAACGUUACGCUGCGUUGGCCUUGGCGAAUCUGAGCACGACAGCGAGCUACCAGGUCCAGAUCGUAGGAUUGGGGACGAUCACACCGCUUAUUGCACUCGCCCAAGCGUUCGACCGCGAGCUGGAAGCUCGACGAUACGCCGUGCUCGCGAUAGCGAACCUGGCUGCGAUGAAAGCCAACCACCCGGCGCUGGUUGAGGCUGGAUGUCUGCUGUCCCUGUUCUCUCUGGCAAGUACGGCCGACGCACUGAGUCAGUACUACGUGGCGUUUGCGUUGGCGAACUUCGCGUCAAACGAGCAGAAUCAUACGCGUAUGGUGGAGGAAGGAGGACUUCAGCCCAUUAUCACACUGGCGUCAUCGGAAGAUACUGAUGUGCAUCAUCGAGCUGUUGCAGCUCUACGCGGACUGGGAGUAAGUGAAGCCAACAAGGUCAAAAUUCUUCAAGAAGGCGGACUGGAACCUCUCGUGCUACUGUUACAGUCGGACGACUUGGAAAUCUUGCGGGAGACGUGUGCUGCGCUCUGCAAUCUGUCAGUAAGCGAAGAAACCAAGUACGAAAUUGCUAAGAGCGGUGCCGUGGCCCCGUUGAUCGCGCAUUCUCAGUCCGAAGACAUGGAGCUUGCUCGCCAGAGCUGUGCUACGUUGGCCAACCUUGCGGAGGUGGAAGAAAACCAGGAGAAGAUCUGCGCUGAUGGAGGAGUGCCCCCUCUCAUUGCCAUGAUGCGCUCUCAGUUUGUGGAGGUACAACGUGAAGCGGGUCGCGCUUUGGGAAACCUCUCGGCCUUCCGUCUGAAUCACGAAGAUAUGAUCGAGCAUGGCGGCCAUCAGCUACUGAUCUCGUAUCUAUUGUCUCCCGAUAUGGCUUCGCAGCGUGUUGGGGCAUUAGGAAUCUGCAACCUGGCAACAAACCCAGCGAUCCGUGAGCUGCUAAUGGAAAGUGGGGCCAUGGAGCCUCUGAUGUCUCUUGCUCGGUCUGAAGACGUGGAGCUGGAGAUCCAGCGGUUCGCCAUCCUGGCCAUCGCCAACUUGGCGACUUGUGUCGAGAACCACCGCGCCAUCGUUGAAGAAGGCUCGCUUCCACUGCUGAUCUCCCUGUCCAGUGCUCCUGACGAAGAAGUCCGUCAGUAUGCAGCCUUCGCGCUCGUCAAGGUCGCACUGAACGCUGAUCUACGCAAGCAGAUUACCGAGGAAGGAGGUCUGGAGCCUGUGCUUUUCCUCGCACGUACGCAGAGCUCUGACCUGCAAGCAGACGUCCUACCUGCAAUCUGCACGCUGUCGUUCGCUGAUGCCAACAAGUCCGACAUCUGCAAGUGUGGCGGCUUGCCACCGAUCCUCGGAGCGCUCAAGCAUGCUGAUGUGGGUGUUCAACGACAAGCGCUAUGUGCUGUGGCCAAUCUAGCUGAAGACGUGGAAAAUCAGAGUCACCUCGUGGCGAACGGUGCCAUCCCUCCUGUCGUGGAGGCGCUGCAGCACGGAGGAAUCAUCGCGCAGCGUGAAGCAGCUCGAGCUCUGGGGAACUUGUCGGCUAACUGUGACUUCGCUGAAGUCAUCUUGCGUCAAGGUGCAGCUCCUCCGUUGAUACAGCUACUGGGCAGCGAAGUGGUGGACUGUCAGCGCAUGGCAGCGAUGGCUCUGUGCAAUCUCGGAACAAACGUCAACAACCAGCCAAAGUUGUUGGCGCAAGGUGUGCUUCCGCCCAUCCUAGCGCGUAUUGAAGAAGCUUUGGACCCACGUUCAUUGGCAGAUAACGAUGUGAUCCGCUAUUGUCUCCUAGUGCUCGCUAACCUGGCUGUCUCGCCGUCUACCCACGAGGAAUUACUGGACAAGGCGUUGACGUUUCUCGCUGGCUACGCCAAACAUCGUGACGUCAAGUGCCGCCAGUUCGCCAUCUUCGCGGUUGGCAAUCUGUGCAGCAACCCCAAGAAUAUCGAGCGGAUCGUAGCAACCAAUUGUCUGCAACCUAUCAUCUCGUUCGCAUUCCCAGGAGGUGCCAACGUGCAGUUCCAAGCUAUUGCUGGGCUUCGAGGACUGUCAGUGAACCAAGCUGUUCGUCAACAAGUCGUGCGUCUGGGCGCACUGGAGCCACUUAUCCUAGCAGCCUCGAGUGAGAGCAUCGAAGUGCAGCGAGAGGUAGCUGCGACGCUCUCGAACUUAUCACUAAGUGAAGAGAACAAGAUCACGAUGGCUCGUGGUGGAUGUCUACCUGCUCUCAUCGCUCUGGCAAGUAGCCGAGACUCGUAUCGCGAGCGACAAGCGGUGUGCGCUCUAGCGAACUUGGCAGAGAUGAUUGAAGGGCACACGCACAAGAAGAUGCUGGAGGAAGGCGUGCUAACACCUCUGUACGCCCUAGCAACUGGUGCUGAUCUGGAAGUCAAACGCCAGGUUUCUCGCUGUCUUGCCUUGUUUGCAGCGAAGCCGUCAAGUCAAGCCACUCUGUUGCGAAGCAGUGCACUCCGCUAUAUCUCAGCGUUCGCCCAGGAGACGGAAGAUGCGGUCUGUAGACGAUUCGGAACGCUGGCGAUUGGGAAUCUCGCAGUGGAUCACAAGAAUCACCGUGACUUAUUCGACCAAGGUGCUGUGACGGCGCUUAUGACGGUGGACAAGGCUACAGACCUCGAGACUCGUCGUGCGCUUGCCUUUGCACUGAAUAACCUAGCAGCCAAUGAGAGCAACAGUGCGCAGAUCUCCAAGUUAGGCGGGCUACGCACUGUCAUCGCUCUGCUGCAUGAUGCUGACGAGGACACACAUCUACAGGCUUGUUUUGCUCUACGAAGAAUGGUUGUUGAAGCCAAGAGCCGCACCCAGGCUGUAUCGUUUGGCGCUCUUCUCCCCCUAUUCAAGCUCGCACUGUCGGAGAAUAUCGAGGUGCAGCGCGAGGUUUGUGCUGCGCUACGAAAUCUGUCAUUGAGCGAAGACAACAAAGUCGUCAUCGUACUCAAUGGCGGUCUAGCACCUCUACUGACACUGGUACACUCAGCAGAUGGAGAAGUUGCUCAUCAGGCAUGUGGAGUACUCGCCAACUUGGCUGAAGUCGUGGAGAAUCAAGGACGGAUGGUGAAGGAUGGAGUGCUACAGCACAUUAAGUUUGUGCUACGUGCGAAGAGCGUGGACGUGCAACGUGAAGCACUUCGCGCGAUCGCCAAUAUGUCAGCGGAAUACGCGUACACAGCAGAGAUUGUCUCGAGUGGAGGUCUGGCUCCGCUGAUGGCUGCGUUGAAUGCGCCAGACUUCCUUAGUCAGCGGUAUGCAGCUAUGGGUAUUGCCAAUCUCUCCACGAACGUUGACAACAUCACCAAGAUCGUGCAAGAUGCUCUUGUCCCAACGUUAGUGGCGCUUGCCGAUGGCUCGCUCAAUGGUGAUCUGGACACGCAGAGAUACGCUGUCUUCACGCUCACCAACAUCGCCAGUGUCCGUGCUACGCAGUCUGUUCUCGUUGAUGCUGGAGUCCUUCCUCUCUUCGCAGAUUUACUACAGCACGCAGACAUGGCAUUGAGGAAUGGUGCAGCGUUCGGAAUCGCCAACUUCACCGCGUUCUCGGAGAAUCAUACCGUGCUUCUUGAGCUCGGAGAAGUCUUUUUGGAGGCUUUACUGCGUCUGCUAGAGUCUCAAGACUCCAAGUGUCAGUAUCGUGCUGUGUGCGCAUUACGAGGACUGUGUGUGAACGAGCUAGCGCGACGUGAACUGGUACGUCGUGGCGUCCUGCGUCCUCUACUGGCACUUACCAAAUCCGAGGAUAUGGACGUGCAACAAGAAGUGCUGGCGUGUCUGUGUAACUUGUCUCUUAGUGGCUGUGUCGGUGCGUAUCCCGAAGUAUUUAUCGCUGCGUGCGAGAUGCAGGCCCUGGUGGCGUUCCUGUGCUCCGCUGAUGCCACCUAUCGACUCUUUGGCGCGGUGACACUGGGAAAUAUCGCUGCGAAAGCCGAGUAUCAAGAUGAGCUGGUUGCAGCGGGCGCUGUAUCACCCCUCGUCGAGGUAGCCAACAGCGUGGACCUGGAAACCCAUCGCUGCAUUGCCUUUGCGCUGUGUAACCUCGCUGCCAAUCCGGAUCGCAGACAAAUGGUCGAAGCUAUGGGCGGUCUGCCUCCUAUCAUCCAGCUAGCUUGUUCGGUCGACGUGAAUGACCAGAAGACGGCUAUUGCGGCACUUCGUGGACUCUCAAAUCGACCGGAGACACGUCUGCACAUUGUUUCGGAAGGUGGACUGGAGCCUUUAGUGCUUGGAGCGCGCUCAUCUGACGUACAGCUACACCGUGAGGUCACGAUGACAACGUACAACUUGUCGCUUGCCGAGAAGAACAAGCUGGCUAUAGCUUCAUCACCAUUGACGGGUUCUCUGAUCACUCUGAUGUUGUCCAACGACGAGGAUACAGCGGCAUUUGCGAGCGCUAGUGUCGCUAACAUUGCUGAGAAUUGCGAUACCCAUUCAGCUAUUGCAGAGCAGCGUGGCUUACGGUUCUUCCUGGAAUUCGAGACCCGAGGAGCUCCUGCUCGGGUCGCGCGUGAAGCAGUCAAGUGUGUUGCAAAUCUUUCGUCGAACUAUGCGCUCCACGACUUGUUGCUCGCCGACGGCUGCCACGAAUUCCUUGUACGUGCUAUCGAGCACACAGACUCCAAGACUCGGCUCUUUGGAGUUGUGGGUCUCGGGAACCUCGUGUCCAACCCGCAAAACCAUGCAAGAGUGCUGCGCGAGAAGGUUGUGACGCCUUUAAUUGGGUUAUCCGUCGACGUAGACCACCCUGAGCCUCGUCGGUUUGCUUUGCUCGCGUUAGGCUGCAUCUUCACCAAUGAGGCGAGCCACGAAGCAUUCGUGGGUAACGGAGUUUUACCAGCACUUAUCGCAGCGCUUGACGCAGUAAAUGACAUGGAAACGCGCUUCUACGCAGCCUUCGCACUCGGCAAGAUCUCCACGAACGAGUCACUCCACGAGCUCAUCGGACAGCUCAGUAACAGCGGUGGACCUCUCAUUAAACUGGCGCUGGAUGCCGAGGAAGCCAAACAUCCAAGUGCUCAAUGUCACGCGGUGUCAGUGCUGCGUCGUAUCACAAAUCUGGAUGUGAAUCGAGUGUCUAUGGUUGCACAGCAUCGCGAGGAUCUAGCCGCUGCACUACUGACUUGUGCUCGACACACGGAGCUGUUAGAGAACCAACGUGAAGCUGCAGCGUGUCUGUGCAAUCUGGGUCUGGCGCAAUGCAACAAGCUCAUCUUCGCGACUGCACCCGCGUUGUUCCAGCAGUUAUUUGCCUUGUGCUCAUCUCCUGAUGUCGAAGUCGCACGAAAUGCCUGUGGCGCUGCAGCCAACGUUGCAGAAAAUGCACGCACGCAUGAGUACAUGAUCGAUACCCAUGCGGUGCAUGUUGGAGUCAAGGCAAUGCGAAGUCGACAUCUGCCAGUGUACCGUGAAGCCUCGAGACUGGUGGCUAAUCUCAUGAGUACGCCAGAGUUCCAUGCUGUACUUCUCAAUGAAGAAGGACUUGCUGCUGUGGCCCGAGUGGCCAAGAUUGAAGACCAUGAGUGUCAGUAUAAUACGGCGCUAGCGCUGCACAAGCUUACUAGCAAUUGCGACACGCACCGAGCGCUGCUUGGAUGUGGCUCGGUGCAGACGCUGCAUAUGCUACUUGGCUCUCCUGGACUGGACGUGCAACGUCAAGCAGCGGCAGCGCUUAAGACUCUGACCGCGAAUAAAGACAACAAGCCCACGCUUGCAGAAGACGGAGGCACGAUGCUGGCGCUUAUCUCAUUGUUACGAAGUGCCGACGCAACGCUCAAGACCAUGGGAGCAGCUGGUGUGCGGCACUUGUCACUGUACGCUCCAGUCAAGACGCAGUUCGUGCAUGAAGGAGGUCUACCGCCGCUCUUCAGCUGCUGCGCUGUAGAGGACGACGAUGUAAGACUCCAAUGCGCUGGAGCUAUGGCUACGCUGAGUGAGAACGUGUUGAACCAAGUGCAAAUGGUGCGUGAAGGUGCCUUGCCGGCUCUUCUGGAGCUCACCAAGGCCAGCUACAAUGCAGAGAUCGCACGGCAUAUCAGUCGCACCUUUGCCAACGUGUCAAGUAACGCAGAGAACCACCUUGGCGUGUUCACGCUCCAGGAAUUCCGUGCUAUAUUCACGUUAGCGCAGAGUACAGAAGAGUUUUGUGGACGUGACGCUGCGAUGUGUCUGGGGAAUUUGGCCGUCACUUCGCACAACCAGUUCCAGAUCUCCGAGCUUGGCGGACUGGUCCCGCUGUCGGAGCUGUUGAAGAGCGAGUUCGCGUCUACACGGCAGUACGCGGCUCGUGCUUUCUACCGACUCAGUGCCCACUCGGAGAACCAGCAUCGUAUUGUGGACGCCGGCGCCCUCCCUGCACUUGUGGCUCGACUGAACGAGAUCGGAGACCAAGAAAUCCAGCGCUGUGCAGCCAUGGCCAUCUGCAACUUGUCAAGUAAUGCUAGCAACGAGCAGAAGAUCAUGAAGGCCGGUGCUAUGCGAGCGCUUGUAGCUCUACUGCGGUCUCCGAGCGUCGAGUGUUCCAAGUACGCAGCUAUGGCGUUGUGUAACUUGACAGCCAACCCGGCCAACCAGCUGCAUCUCGUGGUACAAGACGACGGACUUGAUCCGCUCGUAGACCUUGCUGGAUCAAGCGACACGGAGUGUUCUCGAUAUGCCAGCAUGACACUGGCUAACGUAUCAGCACAUCGUCAAAACCGCCUCGUAGUCGUAGAGCGGCAUGCUCUUCAACCUCUGCGGGCGCUGUGCUUGUCGCCUAAUCUCGAGUGUCAGCGCAGUGCUGCCCUGGCGCUCUACAACGUAUCGUGCGCACAAGCGAAUCAGCUGAAACUCGUUGAGGCAGGCAUCGAGUCGGCGCUAGUUCGACUGGCUGGAGCCAAAGACGGAGACUGCAAGCGUUACGCCACAAUGACGCUAUGUAACCUGGCAGCGAACAGCGAAACACGCUCAGCUGCAGCACGUGGCGGAGGAUUGCAAGCACUGCUACUAGCAGCGAAAGAUGCAGCUGACCCGACUGUGCGUCGAUACGCCUGCAUUGCGUUGUGCAACUUGGCGUGCGCCCCGCUUCUACAGGUCCAAGUGCUUGUUCACGGUGGUCUGGCUCCGAUUCUUGCGCUUACUGAGGACGAAGACGACGUAGAGAGCCAGCGGUUUGCUAUCAUGGCGCUGUCGAACUUGGCUGCGAACGAAAACAACCACGACCACAUGAUCAACCGAGGUGUAUUGAAAGUGGCGUUGCGACUGGGGCAGUCCAAGGACGAAGACAUUCGACUGUACGCUGCCUUCGCGUUGGCAAACUUCGCAGGAAACACGGCACAAUGCGCCGCUAUCGGAGACGAAGGCGGGAUCGCAGCGCUCAUUAUGUUAUCGCAUGCAGAGGACUCGAAUUCCCACACACUAGCUGUAUCGGCGCUGCGGCGUCUGUGUCAGUUCUCGGCUCAGAACCGCGGACGUAUUGUACGUGGCGGAGGUUUACCGCCAUUAGCGAUGGCUGGCAUGUCGGAGGAACUCGAGACGCAGCGAGAAGUGGCCGCUACGUACUGCAAUUUGUCGCUUAGUGACGAGUACAAGGUCGAGAUCGUCGAGCAAGGAGCUCUGCGACCGCUUAUCAAGCUGGCCCAGUCCUCCGAUCUCGAAGUCGCAAGACAAGCGUGUGGCGCACUCGCUAAUCUGGCGGAACAUCUCGAUACGCACUCUCACUUCGUGGCAGAGCGCAGUGGAGACUUCUUGAUCGCUCUGAUGAAACACCGAAACGAGGAAAUCCACCGAGAAGCGUCACGUACGAUCGCCAAUCUGCUGUCCAGCUUUGAGCACCACACGGAUAUGAUCGCUGACGGUCUUCCGGGUCUUGUUCAUCUUGGCUUAUCGCUGGACCCGGAGUGUCAGUACAACGCGGCGUUGGCAUUGCGCAAACUCGCUCCAAACUUCGCGAGCCAUCGUGGGUUAGUGUAUGAAGGCGGACUGAAGACUCUGUUCUUCCUACUGCACGCUAAAGAGCUCAAUACGCGUCGGCAGAGCGUCCUGGCGUUGCGUGAUCUAGCAGCGAACAGCGAGUUCCGACGCAAGUACGUGGAAGAAGGAGGACUGAACGCUCUUGUCACCUUCUUACGAGACGUGGACGCGUCACUUCAAGCCCCUGCAGUGGCCGCGUUGCGUCAUUUGACGUCGUCGGCUUCUCACCCAGAGAUCAAGCAGCAAGUCGUCGACGAAGGAGCUCUCCGCCCCGUGCUGCGAUGUCUGAACACGAAUCCUGGCGCGAAAGGGCUACGCGAUCUGCAGUGCCAGUGCGUGGGGUUGAUCGCGAAUGUGUCCGAACACCCCACGAACCAGCAGAAAAUUGUGGCGGAAGGUUUGACGAGUGCGCUCGUUGCGUUGGCCAAAGUGGCUCAAGACAGCGCGGAGAUUCUGCAAGAUGUGAGUCGCGCGCUGGCGAAUCUUUGCUCCAACGAGGAGAACCACCAAGCCGUGUACAAGCAAGGAGCUUUGUUGAGCCUCAUCCAGCUUACCGAGUCUGCAGAUGACGUCACGCAGCGGUACGCCGCGAUGGGCCUGCGCUUCUUGUCCGCCAACCCGACGAUCCGCGUUCACAUCGUGCAAGAAUCGCUUCUCCAGCCGUUCAUCAGGCUGGCGCAGAGUCCGCUGCUGGAUUACCAACGCACGGCAGCUGCAGCCUUCUCGAGUUUCUCUCUGAAUGAGGAGAACAAGUUGAAGCUGGUUCGUGACGGCGGCUUGGCUCAUAUUCUCCGCUGCUGCGCCUACGACGACCUGGAAGUGAAGCGAGAUUGCGUCUUCGCUCUCGCGAACGUGGCCCGACUCACUGGAGCACCAACUGGAUCACACGACGACGCACGCGUACAACGAGACUGCGCGCGAGUGUUCGCUUCCUUGUCCGUGACGAACUCGGUCAAGUCGGAGCUGGUGCGUCAGGGCGCGCUGCCGUCUCUGUUCCGUCUCACGCGCUCGCUGGAUGUGGCUACACAACGGUUUGCCACAUUAGCGAUCUGCAACGUCGCUUCCUCGGGCGACGACAAGGCUUUCAUCGUGGAGCAAGGAGCUGUUCGUCCUCUGACGCAUCUCAUCCGGUUCCCUGACGCACAGAUCCAGCGGUACGCAGCGUUGGCCCUCGCAGCUCUGGCACUGGGUGGAAUGGGCAACAAUAAGCUUCGGCUGAUCGAGGAAGGUGCGGUGCCUCCAUUGAUCGAUCUCCUGCGUUAUCCAAGCGCAGACGUGCAGCUUUGUGGCUGUUUGGCGCUGAAUGCCUUGACAUUGGGCAAGCAGAGCGUGACGAAGGUCUCGGUGAUGCAGAGUGGCGGACUGCUGCCUCUGCUGGCGCUACUAGCGUCUGCAGACGAGGAAUGUGUUCGUUGCGCGCUCUACUGUCUCGGCUCGUUGGCCGAAAGCAAAGAUGUGCUACAGAAACUGGUGGAGCUGGGCACGCUGACCCACGUGAUCGCAUUGACCAAGUGUAUCGACACGGAGACGUUGAGGAACUGCGGAUACAUCCUCGCUCUGGUGGUGGAGCAGCAGACAGACUACCAUGACGAUCUGUACCGUGAAGGAGGCCUGGACGCGGCCAUCGCCUUGGCUUGUGUCGAGGACAUGGAGUGUCAGGAGUACGCCACCUUCACGCUGGCCCACUUGGCUUCCAACCGAGAGUACCAAGUUCGUCUUGUCGAGCGUGGAGCCUUACGUCCACUCAUCGCCAUGAUGUCGGUGCAUGCCGAGCCGCGGCAUUACGCUGGCCUCGCACUACUCAAACUAGCAGACAACUACGAGAACCAUCUGCGUAUCGCCGAGGAAGGAGGCAUCCAGGCUCUGCUACGUAUCGCUCGAGCUCGAUCUACAGACGAGGAGCUGCAGUACAAGGCGUCGCUCAGUUUGGGACAAUUAGCCAGCAACGCUACUCGGUCUCUACCCAACCACACGACUCUGAAAUCGGGUGACGCGCUCAUCGGCACGAGUGUCAACAAGAUGGCUCAACUCACACAAGCGGUGGCUGCCAAGAAAGCCGCAAAGGACAAAACCAUGCAGUAUCUCGACGACAAACUCGCUCGCGAAGCAGUCAAAUAG